CAACGAACUCGACAACCCUGGUCCUAAACUGCACACGUUUUCAUCUGUUUUUUCUGCGACUCCAGUCCAACUGCAUAUUUAUACCUGCGAACACCCGAAAAAUGCCCGAGGCUGAGCAGCAGAACGAUGUCAGUGCUUCAGCAGGAGCCGGAGGUGAUCCUCCCAAGACGGCAAAGCAACUGGAGAAGGAGCGUCUAAAGGCCGAGAAGCUGGCGAAGCUCCAGGCGAAGUUGGACAAGAAGGCGGCGGCUGCACCAGCCGCGGGCGACAAGAAGGAGAAGCCCGAGAAGCGCACCAAGGAGGUGAAAGAGGCUGCCGUGUAUAGUGCCCAAACGGCGCCCGGGGAGAAGAAGGAUCUGAGUGGCCCCUUGCCGGAUGCCUACAGUCCACGGUAUGUGGAGGCCCAGUGGUACAGCUGGUGGGAAAAGGAGGGCUUCUUCACGCCCGAGUACGGACGCGCAUCGAUUGACGCCCCCAAUCCCAAUGGCAAGUUUGUCAUGAUCAUUCCGCCCCCCAACGUGACGGGAUCCCUGCAUUUAGGGCACGCCCUGACCAACUCCAUCGAGGACGCAAUAACGCGGUACCACCGCAUGAAGGGACGGACCACCCUAUGGGUGCCUGGCUGCGAUCACGCUGGUAUCGCCACUCAGGUGGUCGUGGAGAAGCUGCUGUGGCGCGAAGAGAAGCUCUCUCGGCACGACCUCGGACGCGAAAAGUUUAUCGAGCGCAUCUGGGACUGGCGCCAGGAAAAGGGCGGCCGCAUCUAUGACCAGCUGAAGAGCCUGGGCUCCUCCUACGACUGGUCGCGAGUGGCCUUCACCAUGGACCCAAAGCUAUGCCGCGCCGUGACCGAGGCUUUCGUCCGAUUGCACGAGGAGGGCAGCAUCUACCGCAGCUCCCGGCUGGUCAAUUGGUCGUGCACGCUGCGCUCGGCCAUAUCGGACAUCGAGGUGGACAAAAUUGAUAUCCCAGGUCGUACUUUCCUGUCUAUUCCCGGAUACGAGGACAAGGUGGAGUUCGGUGUACUGAUUAAGUUCGCAUACAAGGUGGAGGGCAGUGACGAAGAGAUCAUUGUAGCCACCACUCGUAUUGAGACGAUGCUGGGCGAUACGGCUGUGGCUGUGCAUCCCCAGGACGAGCGGUACAAGCACCUGCACGGCAAGUUCGUAAUCCAUCCCUUUUCCACGCGACGCCUGCCGAUCGUAUGCGACGAAUUCGUGGACAUUGCCUUCGGAACGGGAGCCGUUAAGAUCACUCCGGCCCACGACCCUAACGACUACGAGGUUGGCAAGCGCUGCAACCUGCCCUUCAUUACCAUUUUUAACGACGACGGUUUUAUUAUCGGAGACUACGGCGAGUUCACAGGCAUGAAGCGAUUCGAGUGCCGCAAGAAGAUCCUCGAAAAGCUGAAGGCCUUGAACCUCUACCGCGAAACUCUGAACAAUCCAAUGGUGGUGCCCAUCUGUAGCCGCUCCAAGGAUGUUGUGGAGCCCCUGAUCAAGCCCCAGUGGUAUGUUAGCUGCUCUGACAUGGCCGCCUCAGCCACGGAGGCCGUGCGCUCCGGCGAGCUGAAGAUCAUUCCGGAGCACCACACUAAGACGUGGUACCACUGGAUGGACGGUAUCCGAGACUGGUGUGUGUCGAGGCAGCUGUGGUGGGGCCACCGAAUUCCGGCCUACCAUGUCAGCUUCAGCGACCCCUCAAUCAAAACGGCAACGUCUGAACAAGGAAGAGUGAACGAUGAUGAGCAGUACUGGAUCGUAGCCCGCAGCGAGGCAGAAGCUCUGGACAAGGCAGCCGAACGGUUCGGAGUGGACGCCAGCAAGAUCGUACUCAAGCAAGACGAAGAUGUCCUGGACACGUGGUUCAGCUCGGGCAUCUUUCCCUUCUCCGUAUUUGGCUGGCCAGACAAAACCAAGGAUCUGGAGACCUUCUAUCCCACAUCGCUGUUGGAGACGGGUCAUGACAUUCUCUUCUUCUGGGUGGCUCGCAUGGUGUUCUUUGGCCAGAAGCUGCUGGGCAAGUUGCCGUUCAAGGAAGUCUAUCUGCACCCAAUGGUGAGGGACGCGCAUGGUCGCAAAAUGUCCAAGUCCCUGGGAAAUGUUAUCGACCCGAUGGACGUCAUUUGUGGCAUUACCCUGGAGGGGCUCAAUGCCCAACUUGUAGGCUCCAACCUGGAUCCUCGCGAGAUCGAAAAGGCCAAGGCUGGGCAAAAGCAGGACUACCCGCAGGGAAUUCCCGAGUGUGGUUCGGAUGCCCUUCGGUUCGCCCUGUGCGCCUACAUUACGCAGGCGCGCGACAUAAACCUGGACAUUAACCGCGUCCAGGGAUAUCGCUUCUUCUGCAACAAACUGUGGAACGCCACAAAGUUCGCCCUGCUAUAUUUCACCGGCUCUGAGAAGUUCGACACAGAACUCAGUGCGUCUGACGCGAUCAACCAGAUGGAUGCUUGGAUUCUGUCGCGACUGGCAUCGGCCAUCGAAACAUGCAACUCCGGCUUCGAGACAUAUGAUUUUGCAGCUGCUACAAGCGCUUGCUACGCAUUCUGGCUCUACGACCUGUGUGACGUGUACUUGGAGUGUCUGAAGCCGAUCUUCCAGAGCGGCAGCGAGAAGCAGCAAGCCGCCGCCAGGCGCACCCUUUAUGUGUGCCUAGAUUUUGGUCUGCGCCUGCUCUCUCCGUUUAUGCCUUUCAUCACGGAGGAACUUUACCAGCGGCUGCCGAGGGCCAAUCCCGCGCCCAGCAUUUGUGUGGCCAGCUAUCCAAGUAAUAUAUCUUGGCGAAGCACAAAAAUUGAGACGGACGUAGAAUUUGUACAGAAGGCUGCGCGCAUCAUCCGCUCCGCCCGAUCCGAUUACAAUCUGCCGAACAAGGUUAAGACAGAGGUUUACAUAGUUUGCACAGAUACGGUACCCAGUGAAACACUCAAACGCUACGCCAGCGAUCUGGCCACAAUCUCCUACUGCUCCAAGGUGGUUUUCGACAGCCCAGCACCACCGGGCUGCGCCAUCCUGACUGUGACAGGGCAGUGCGAAGUGCACCUGCUGCUCAAGGGACUCGUGGAGGCGGACAAGGAGAUUGCCAAGCUGCAGAAGAAGAGCGACCAGCUAGUGCAGACGGUGGGCAAGCUCACUCAGGCAAUCCAGGCCGCCGACUACGCCACAAAGGUUCCUAUCGAUGUGAGGGAGGCCAACGAGACGAAGCUCUCCGAAUCGCAGGCAGAGAUCGAACGCAUCGCUGCCGCCAUCGAGACACUAAAACUGAUGUGAGCAGGGAACGGUAACCGCUAGUCGGGAACACUGGUAAUUGAUAUUUCAGCGCGCUUGGCUCGCUAGCUGCAGGUCUUAACUUAAAAAUUUACAGAUACGGCUCACUCGCGAAAACACUAUGCAUUUUGAACAGAAUAGACAACUCGAUUGAUCUUGUAUUUAUUUAUUACGUCCCACACAUGUUCCCCAAUAAAUAGAAAAAUAACAUUCACUAAA